GCCUUGGUUUUCAUGUCCUUCGAGAGUUCGCUUUGAGAACCAGACAACUGGAUUCGUUCAAGCUUCGGCGGCCGGGGCCGGGCAAGAGGAGGCUUAUAGCAACACCCAUGGAGUUGCAGGAAGCUCAGGUCAAACUUGCUGCUGCAGCAGAAGAACUUGGUAGAGAGAUCUGUGUAUUUACCAACCCAGCAUUUUUUCAAGCAUCAAACGAAGCAUCAGCUUCAUCUAAUGCAGAUGAAACGGAAGACUUCUAUGAGUUUACACCAGAGGACUAUUAUCGGAUUGUUUCAGAUAGAUUGGGAGCACAAUCCCAAGUUCUGAAGACUCGCAAAAUUAGGGAGGCUGAGGCAGCUGCCCGUCGAGCAAAAAUUACUAAGGCUGUGGUCAGAGUCCUAUUUCCUGAUAACUACAUUCUUGAGGCAAAAUUUCAUCCAUCUGAGAAAAUUCAAGAUUUGGUGGAUCUGCUCAUGAAAGUUUUAGCACAACCAAACCUGCCAUUCUAUUUAUAUACCACCCCACCAAAGGAGCGAAUAAAAGAUUUGUCAAAGGAUUUCUAUUCAGCUGGCUUUGCUCCUGGGGCUAUUGUUCACUUCUCAUAUGAUUUGCCGCAAGACAGCACAGUAGCUGAUACAGGACCCUACCUCAGAGACAGUAUCAUGUCUUUAAAUGGAUUGGAUAUUAUUCAUGAUGAAGUUCAAGUCCGCCCUGAACCAGACACUGUUCCUGUCGUGAUAUCCCCCAUUGCUCUUGAAUCUGAACCUAAGCCUGCUGUGAAGAAGCCAGCCAAGCCAAAAUGGCUUAAAUUGUAAAUGUGAUCAUAUCUGGUAAGACCAGGAUGGAAGCCCACCAUGUUCAAAUAUAAACUCUGACAAAUCUCAGUGAUUGAAUCAAAUGGUGUACCAUAAACAAAAUCAGAUGGAAUUGUCUUGUUUGUGUGUUUAUUGUAACCAUUUGCAAUGCUUUGCACAGGGAUGCAGUUAGUUAUCAUCUCAUGGUGGCAUUUUGCAAUGUAAUCAUAUAGCUGGCUUGUUUUUCAGCAAGGACUGGUUGUUAAUUCAUAAGCGUUAAUUAUGUUUUCAUGUAAGCAUUUCCUUAACAUUUAUGUAUCUAUAACAUCUACAAAAUGAUCUGUGAAAUCACUGCAGAAUUCUAUGAAUGAUAAUAAUUCGGCCUUGCAGGAUUUUGUCACUC